AUGAAAGGCAUCAUUUCUCAACACAGGACAGGUUUGGUUCAAUUAGUACAAGGUGAUAAAUUGUGCUUUGGUUUGAGAUUGUUAAGCACUCAAACUAAUCCACAGCCUCCUCCAGAGAAAACUCACUUUGGUGGCCUCAAAGAUGAAGAUAGGAUUUUUACCAAUUUAUAUGGUUUGCAUGAUCCUUUUCUCAAAGGUUCCAUGAAAAGGGGUGAUUGGCAUAGGACCAAAGAUUUGGUACUCAAAGGGACUGAUUGGAUUGUGGAUGAAAUCAAGAAGUCUGGCCUCCGUGGGCGUGGUGGUGCCGGUUUUCCCUCCGGCCUCAAAUGGUCAUUCAUGCCCAAAUCAACAGAUGGCCGUCCCUCAUAUCUUGUUGUUAAUGCUGAUGAAAGUGAACCUGGGACUUGCAAAGAUAGGGAAAUCAUGAGGCAUGACCCACAUAAACUGUUAGAAGGUUGUCUGAUUGCUGGCGUGGGAAUGAGGGCUAAUGCUGCUUACAUUUAUAUCAGAGGAGAAUAUGUAAAUGAAAGAAAAUCCUUGGAAAAAGCAAAGCAAGAAGCUUAUGAGGCUGGAUUAUUAGGCAAGAAUGCUUGUGGAUCAGGAUAUGAUUUUGAUGUUCAUAUCCAUUUUGGAGCUGGUGCAUAUAUUUGUGGUGAAGAAACAGCUCUUUUAGAGAGCCUUGAAGGGAAACAGGGAAAGCCAAGAUUGAAACCACCAUUCCCUGCAAAUGCAGGCUUGUAUGGCUGUCCCACCACAGUUACUAAUGUGGAAACUGUGGCAGUUUCUCCUACCAUCUUAAGGCGUGGACCGGAUUGGUUCGCCGGUUUUGGUAGGAAGAACAAUUCUGGGACAAAAUUGUUUUGUGUGUCUGGCCAUGUGAACAAGCCCUGCACAGUUGAGGAAGAGAUGAGCAUACCAUUGAAAGAGCUGAUUGAGAGGCACUGUGGAGGUAUUAGAGGAGGAUGGGACAAUUUACUGGCAAUAAUUCCUGGAGGAUCAUCAGUUCCACUGAUUCCCAAGAGUGUUUGUGAUGAUGUUCUGAUGGAUUUCGAUGCACUUAAGGCUGCAAAUACAGCAUUAGGGACAGCAGCAGUGAUUGUGAUGGAUAAGUCAACUGAUAUCGUGGAUGCCAUUGCAAGGCUUUCUUACUUCUACAAGCAUGAAAGCUGCGGACAGUGCACACCAUGCAGGGAGGGAACAGGAUGGCUAUGGUUGAUGAUGGAGAGAUUGAAAUCCGGGAACGCAAAGCUCGAAGAAAUUGAUAUGCUUCAAGAGCUUACUAAGCAAAUUGAGGGACAUACAAUCUGUGCUUUGGGUGAUGCUGCAGCAUGGCCAGUGCAAGGUCUCAUCAGACAUUUUAGGCCAGAGCUUGAGAGAAGGAUUAGAGAGCAUGCAGAGAAGGAGUCAAUGGAAGCAAAUGCUUUAGCCUCUUUAAAAUAACAUUGCUCAUUGAAUCUUUUCAUCCCUGAGUUCUAUUUUGAAUUUGCUUGGUCUCAGUCUCAGUCUCAGGCACAAAUGAUUUAGGUAUUUGCUUUUAGGCCAGACCUAGAGAAACAAAGGAUUAGACAUCAUGCAGAGAAGGAGUUACUGGAGGCAAAUGUUGCUUAACCUCUUUAAAAUAAGGUUGUUUCCUUGGAUCUUUUCAUCUCUUUGUUGUAUUUUUUUAUUUUUCUUGGAAAGAAGUGUCUUUGCGUGUUA